GCGGAGGGCGCAGCAUCAGCAGCUCAGAGGAGCCUCGGUCAGAGUCAGAGCGCAGCAGCUUCAGCUCGCACAGCGACACAGACACCAGCGACCUCGAUUCUUUUAGGAGCGCAAUUAUCCCCAAACUCCCCGGAGGUGCUCGGCACUCGGAAAAAGGAAAUUAAUGAAGGAGGAGGGCGAAGUCAAGUGCGCGACUCUGAUGCGACAGAUGUUGGAAAAGUCUGGUUGAAUGUAGACAGAAGAGGAAGAGGAGGAAGAGGAGGGAAAGUGUCCUGAACAGAGAUGAAGGCGUUCUUCUGCUGGAGACGGAAGAUGAACGUUAAAGAGAUGCGAUGUUUCCUUCACUGAGAGCUUCAGCUGGCCACCGUACAGGGCAUGCUACUGUCAGAACCACAUCUCUACAGAGGACUUAGCUCAAGUCUGAUUCCUACGUGACUGCCACUGGUUAUGAGAAUCUGCACACCGAGACUGAACCGGCCGGGGGUACGAUGUAUGUGGAGUCAGUCGUGCGAUGGGGGGCGUGGAGCAUCCUGCUGCAGCUUGGACUGGGUGUAUCUGCAGGAAGCUGCCCUCCACGCUGUGUGUGUCGACCUGAGGCUAAAGAAGUGAUCUGCUCUGGCAAACAUUUGAACUCAGUACCAGAGGGCUUUUCCAGCGAUGCCAGGCGUUUGGAUUUAUCCCACAAUAAGAUUAAGACUGUGGGGCGCCGCCAGUUCUCUGGCCUCCUGCAACUUCAAGAGUUGGAUCUCAGCGAUAACAUAAUCUCCAUGAUUGAGGUGGAGGCUUUCCAGGGCCUGCAGAAUCUCAGGACGCUUCGGAUUAAGAAUAACCGACUCAAGAUCAUCCCAGUCGGGGUGUUUUCUGGCCUGUCCAGUCUGCGCUACCUGGAUCUGAGCCAGAAUGAGAUUCUGGUCUUUUUGGACUACACCUUCAAAGAAAUGGUGAACCUUCAAACUCUGGAAGCCGAGGAGAACGACUUGGUCUUCAUCUCCCAGCGGGCUUUCUUUGGCCUGCAGAAUCUGCAGGAGCUCAACUUAGACCGCAGCAACCUGACCUCUGUCCCCACCGAAGCCUUGUCCCAGCUCCAGAGCCUGACAUGUCUUCGCAUGCUCCGCCUCACCAUCUCCACACUGCCCAACAACGCUUUCCGACGACUCCACCGUCUGCGGAGCCUCCUGAUAGCAAACUGGCCGGCCCUGGACACUGUGGCUAGCAACAGCCUGAUUGGUCUUAAUUUGACCUCGCUUGUCAUCAGCAGCUGCAACCUAAGUACUGUUCCUUACUCAGCACUUCGUCACCUGGUGUAUCUGCGCUACCUGGACCUGUCCUACAACCCCAUCACUGUUAUCCAGGGUAAUCUGCUCGGGGACCUUCUGAGACUCCAGGAGUUACACCUAGCAGGGGGGAGCCUGCUACGAAUAGAGCCGGGGGCCUUCAGGGGCCUGGCCUAUUUCCGCAUGCUUAAUGUGACAUCCAAUCAGCUCACUACUUUAGAGGAGAGCGUCUUCCACUCUGUGGGGAACCUUCAGGUGCUGCGGUUGGAUGGGAAUCCCCUAGCAUGCGACUGCCGGCUUCUUUGGGUGGUGCGCCGCAGAUUGCGCUUGAACUUUGAUGGACAUCAGCCCACCUGUUCAUCUCCUGAUGCGGUGAGACAGCGGGAAUUCAGAGACUUCUCCGAGAAGGAGCUCCCGCGGCUGUUUACCUGCCGCCCAGCCCGUAUCAUGGACCGCAGGCCGCAGGAGGCCCGAGUAGAGGAGGGCACGACAGUUCUGUUCUCCUGUAAGGCCGAUGGGGAUCCAUUCCCAUCCAUCACCUGGAUCUCGUCCCAUAAGAAUGUGGUUUCUCCAACUGGACGAAUCAGAGUUUUACCCAACGGUACUCUGGAAGUGCGCUUUGCCCAAGUUCAGGACAGUGGCACGUACCAGUGCCUGGCAGGCAAUGCGGCCGGCAACGACAGCCUGACUGUGGGUCUGUAUGUGAAGGGGCUCCCUCGGAAUAGAACCAUCCCCUUCUUCUCAGACGAGGGCUGGGUCGAGCCUUCAAACACCCAAGCUGCCAACUCCUCAGCUCAAAUGGCCAAACCGUACCCGUUUGACGCAAAGACCCUGAUCAUCGCCACCACCAUGGGCUUCCUGUCCUUCCUCAGCUCAGUGGCCAUCUGUUUUGUCUUCAUGUUCUUCUGGAGCCAGAGCAAAGGUCAGAUCAAGCACACAGCGACCAUUGACUUUGUUCCUCGCUCUUCGAUGGGCGGUGGAGGAGGGGACGGAGGUGACGGUGGCAGGUUCACCAUGAAACUUAUUUAAAGCCAAGGAAGAGGUGAAAGGGGCGGCCAUAUUGACUUUGAGUUCUUCUGUACUGUGGACCCCCGACGGGACACUCAAGGACAGAGACCUCUGCUCACAGAGCCAGUUUGUUGAGCUCGCCCUCUUCUAAUUUUAGAGUGAAAGUUGCAUCUCAGCAGCCACCUCACUAUCGAAUGAAUAUCUCAUGAUGUUGGACCAGAUCGUAAACAGAGCGCUCUCGUGGUUGCUGUGCUUUUCUUUCCAGCAACUUUUACUAUGAAUAAGCAACUGACGGCUCACUUAGCACAGGUCUCAUUUUUAAUGUAGCAUGUUAUUAUAAACUAGUUUCAAUUUUCACAUGAAAAGAGUUUGACACAUUUUUCUGCAUCGUCCAAACAUAUCAGGUGCUUGUUAAAUCAUCUGUAUUGUACAAGUGUGCUUGUAUGUGUUCACUCGCCAAUACAAGCCAAGUAAACAUUUGCCCUUUUGACCCUCGGGUUGCUAUUUCUGCUUCCCCACAGAGGAUCAUGUCAAAGACUGCCAAUUCAGCAUCGGCUGUGAGUGUAUGUGACCACACAGCUUUUGAUACUUGCAAUAAAUAUAUGGAAUAGACUAGCCAAAUAAUUUCUGAUCCUCAACUUUAUGGUUCAGCAUGCUUCGUGUGUGCUGCAUUGGACAUGUGCUUCUGUUAAAGGCACUGCUACACUUUAGAUGCAAGUGCAAAGGGACUGAUGGCAUACCAUAAUGUACAUAGGAAUGUAUCCUUUCCCAUUUCAUACUUCAAACACAUUUGUCAGGUCCAAAUUGGAUCUCUGUCUUUCUUUUGUAACAUAUUCUUUAUCAUGUAUUUACAAUAGACGACUGUUUGUUCCAUCAGUAUGAUUUCUCCUUUUUAUAUUAAAAACAAAACACUUUUUUUUUAUUUUGUACCCAGAGAAAAACACUGAAUAAUAUGUGCCUCAGUAACAUUCUCACCGUCGACAGAGAGAAUGCUCACCUGAUCAUUGUUAUCUUGUAAAUAUUGAGGUCAAGGGCGUUUGUGUGUGGCGGGUACAUUCUAUCAUUUUAUCUAGUUCUGGGAUUAGUGUCACUCACACUCUUGUUGUGUAGAAACCAAACUGUGUAGAUGCACUACGCACAAAGCGAUGCUUUAUUCUGCCAGGAAACGAGGAUGUAAAUGAUGUUCACACUCUGCAAUGACAGAUCUGUUUGCUAUCUUC